AUGGUUUCACGUCAUGAUGAAGUCAGUCUAGUGCGUGCAAUCUCAGUCAAAAAGCGUUCAUCUGCAAAGCGCAAACAGCUUUUCAAGGACAUUCAAUUUUACAAGAAGGUCAAAAUACCACGGCAGCUGCUUCUCGACAUGCCAGUUCGUUGGUUAUCAACCUACAUGAUGCUUGAGCGUUCAGAAGAGCUAUGA